AUGUCAAACUUCUUCAGGGAUAAAAAUAUCGGCUUUAAACAACGAUCGAACAUCUUUUCGAAGAUGCGUUCGAAGGAGCUUGGUAAGGAUGUUGCUAAAGAUAUUGUUUCUAAUUUGUCUAAAGAUGUGUCUAAGGAGAUUGAUGGUGAGAGUACGGCGUCGGGUAUAGAUAGCAAUUUUUUUCACAGGCAUGAAGGUCCAUCAAAAGGAUCAUUUACUUCUUUAGCAAAUACAAGUGGGGUUAGCAUUAUUGAUGAUCUUGUUCAUGAGAGUACUCCGAAACGAAAAAAGUUUGGAGCUGGGCGGUUGUUGGAGAAUGAAAUUAAGGCUGAAAUUUCAGACAAUGCUCUAGAAGAGCCCGGGGUUUACAAGGAAAGUGCCCAUCCCCAGGUGGGAGAUACGUCUUCUAAUGACGUGCUACUAGUGGCAUUUACGAAUACGCAACGAAUCUGUGCGAAUUUGAAGCAUGAGCUGCAGGAGCAGCAGGCAAAAAAUGCUCAGCAAAAACAAGAGAUUGAUAACUAUAAGCGCGAUAUCGACAAGAUUAAGGAGAAGGUUGCAGGCUACCUGACUCUUUUGGAUGGGUUGGGAGAUAAGUCCAAAUGGUUAUUGGAGCAGAAAAAGUGUAGCGACAAGAAAAUAGAACAGUUCAAACAGUGCUAUGAGACGAUGUCCUCCAAGUUGCAGUUACUCCAAAAACAUUCUGACGACUUAAGCGCAAAAUUGAGGAACUUGCGUACUCAGCAAAUGAGCAGAGAGUCUGAUAUCAAGGGAAGAGAUAUGGAAAUCUCUUACUUAAGGAACGAGCUAAACAAUUGCGCGGGCCAACUGAGCGAAGAAAAGAUUAAGAACAACGACCUAAUACAGCAGCUGGGCUGCAUAAAGGAAGACUUCCGAACUGUUACUAACGAAUUAAUUGAGAAGCAAGGGCUUUCAUCUAGGGAUUCUUUUCAAGACGUAUGCAAUGGAGUAGAGGGUAUUAAGACGACUGUGUUGCAGGAUAUGGCACAGAAGGUUGAAAAAUUGGAAAGCAUAAUAAAUACAAACUCCAGCGUGCAAAUAAAAGCGUUACAGGAUAGAAGUGAUACAAUUCUCCUAGAGUUGGCACAGGGAUUUGAAAACAGCAAUGAUAAGGUAGCGUCUAACUUAGAAGACUACAACAGGAAUAUAUUAACGAAGUUUGAAGCAUUCAAUGGUCAGCUUGCAGCAACUAUUCAAAACAGCAAUAAACACAUGAUCUCGAAAUUCGAUUCAGGAAUAACUGAAUUAAUUAGGAAGUGGCAUCAAAACAAUGAACUUCAAAAGCAUACAACCACCAUAGUUCAAGAUAGCAAGCAAACUGUAGUUCAACUAUUGACUCAAUCUGCGACGGAAUUCAAGAAACAGGUGUCGGAGACCGAAACCAGCGUUUUGGAAGAGAUUUCAAAACUGGACAAACAAAUAUCUGGUUUUGGUGGACAGUUGAAAAUGAAUGAAAAGUAUCAAGAAACUGUAGCUGGCCUUCAGGAACAGAUACAUAUCACCUCCUUGAGAAAAAGUGAAAUAGUCGCCAUGAUGAAGGCAAAAGAUGCGGAAAUUGAAGUAUUGAAUAAUCAAAUAUAUAGUAAAAACGAGGCGAUUGAGAGCAUGAAGAAUUCUUGUUCCGAUAUAGAGAAGCAGCUGGUCGCUGCUAAUGAUGCUCAUUCGAAAGCGCAAAGUGAAUAUGCAAGGAUGUCAGAAGAAUUGAUAACAUACAAGGCGACCACUGAGCAAAAAUUUGCCGCCCAGAGCGAAGUCCUUAAGUUGUUAAAAGAGGAGAAUGAUGUUUUAAAGAUUAAACUGCAGGAGUGUGAGACAAGGACCGCUACAGUUAAUGAUGAUCGAAAACAGAUACAAGAUAAAUUCCAAGGGCUACAGGAGAACCUACACAAAUUGAAUGUGGAAGUGGUACAACUGAAAGCGCAUGAAUUGGAACUGGAAGAAGACAACCGUAGAUUGAAAGAUGAUAUACAAACCAUGGAAUCCGUCAGCAAAGAGGAAGAUUUAGAGUCUCUGCACUUAAAAGAACAGGUAAAGUCAAUGGAUUUAGAACGACGCGGGUUCGUUACAGAAAGAUUAGAUUAUCAGGAUAAGAUCGAGAUUUUAGAAAACCAGCUAAGUCAAUUGAGGAAACAGAUGCAGGUUGCUGCGGAAAAUACCGUUACAAAUAAGAGGCAGCCACCGCCACAUAAACAGCAAAUACAGGCUGCUCCGGAUGUAAAUAAAACUAGCAAGCCAGACGUAUCUCCUGAAGGAGACGAAUUUGAUCUAUCCAGCUCAUUGCAUGACGAACUAGAUUUGACAGCUACCUCCCCAAUUAAGACUGAUUUAUCAAACACACGGAACAAAAACACAGUCGUCAAGGCUUCUGCGAAAGUCAGGAGAGCAGUUCCUCUUACCAAACACGGCAGAAAAAAGAUGUUAAUUUCAGACGACGACUGUGAAUUGGUCCGUAAAUUAAAGAAGAAAAAAUAUUAG